AUGAUAACAUUCGGAAAUUGGAAAGUAUUAAUAGAAAAACAGGUUGAAUUGGAUAAACUUAUUGUGGAAAAAAGUCCCACCGAUUUAAAAUGGUUUUCUUGCUCCAAUGCCGAAAGGUUAAAACUGGCUCUGCUAGUAGAAGAAAGCGAGGAUUUAUCAUUCAACGAAUUACUUUUAGUUUUUUUUGCUCGAACUAAUGACUUGUAUAUUGAAGAAAAAGAAGAGAUUUAUAAUUUAAAAAAUAGAAAAAUUAAUGAGAAAGGACAAAAUACCUACCAUGUUAUUGGAAUAAUUACCGCAGUCGGAAUUGGGACUAUUACCUAUUUGACUUUAUCGAAAGGAGACAAAUCAGUUGAAAAUCAAACUCCCGCUAAUGCAGGGGAGAAAAUUCGCCAAUUAAGAACUGAAUUAAGUUCUCUCCGAGGCAAAGUUAAUAAUCUAUCCAACACUACCAAAAAAACUCAGUUAGAGAGUAAACUAUCUAAUUUAGAAAAUCAGUUAAAUAAUCUUGCCAAACAAGAUAAAUCGGCCAUUCAGAAAUUAGAAAAUGAAUUAAAAAAGAUUAAGAAAGAAAUUGAAAGCGAUAAACCGGAUGAGAAUCCUCCACCAGGUGAUAAAAAGGAAGUAAAAGUUGGAUUUUUCGGCAAGUCUUUGAAUAAUAAUGGGGAGUUUGACACUUAUAAGUUCAUGGAUGAAGAAAGAAAAAAUAUUUUUUAUAUCAGCAAAAAUCACUCCCGAAUUAAAGAACUAUUGAACCAAAACAAAUUACAAAAAGACAAAGAAUUUACUCUUCGUUAUGGGAAAAUAGAUAAAAAAGAGGGGAUUUCGGAAAUUAGCACCAAAAUAAAUGACAAUACUUAUAAAUACAAAAUAACUCUUAAUGGUAGUGAUAAAAUAGAUUUUGCUAAUUUUAUUAUUUUUCUUAAAACGAAAGAUAAAGAGUUUUUCAAAGCCUUUCAAGGAGCCUUAAAAGAUGCCAAUGCUAAAUUCCCGGCCUAUUUUUGGAAAUGUCCGCCGGUAUCUAAAAAUACCCUCGGUAAACCCUUUGAAUUUGUGGUAAUUAAGAGCGAAUCUUUGGCUGGUAUUACCCAAAAUUAUAAAAAUUUUGAAACAUAUUUACUCAGUGCAGCCGGACUCGGUCUAUCCCAUGCUAGUUUUGAUUCGCCAAGCGGUAAUAUCCUUGUUAUUCCUGCCCUAACAACAAAAGAUGGUUCUGAACCGGUGGACUACAAAAAUAUUAGCCAAUUCACUAAAAAUGCUCCCGAGGAACAGCAACAGGCACUUUGA